AUGGUUAGAAAGCAGCAGCAAUACACCAUGAAUGUUGAGCAAAACGUGGCAGAGCAGUUCUUAAGGAGUCCAUACUGUUCAACUGAAGGAACACACUGUGGCUGCAGAUCACACCAUGUGACAUGUGAGCUACACCGGGUGACGAAAAACCGGUGUUCCCUCUGGAAAAUAUUCCUAAUAUGUCUGUUGGCUUGUCUAGUUGCUACAGCCAUUACGGCGUUGGCCUUUUACUUUGGGCCCUUUGGCAAUUCCAACAAUACCACCAUCGUCAUUCACACAGAUGGAAGGUCCUGCCAAGAUCCCUGUACCUCUCCCUCUACGCCAUCUCCAACUACAAUCCCUUCACCUGGACCUGAGACCACUCCAUCUCCUACAAAUACAACCACCCUGGCCUUGCCUACCACCCUGCCCACAUUUACUACAGUGAUGACCCGUACCUCCACAGAACAUGAGGUUGAAAUUGAACUUGAAGAUGAACAAAUAAUAGCGUGA